GGCGGGCCCCCUGUAGCUCUACCCCGCCCUAAAGAAAAUGGCUCAAAUACUGGAGUUUAAAGUCACAAUGACUUGUGAAGGUUGCUCAGGAGCUGUGAACAGAGUCCUCUCGAGACUAGAAGGUGUUAGUAACAUUGAAAUAAAUAUGGAGGAACAAAGAGUGUAUGUGACAACAUCACUGUCUUCUGAUGAAGUGCUAGCAGUCAUUAAGAAAACUGGAAGAGAAACAGAAUACGUUGGAACUAAACCAGCUCCCUAAUGAGAGGAUUAAGCAGUUCAUUUGUAUACUUAUAAAUUUUGAAUUCCUUUUGCCGUCAGUUUACUUUAUAACUUUGUUUUAUAAUACAAAGCUAUUGUUCCAUUA